UUCCUGAGGAACCAUAUACACCCUCAUCUGAAUAUCCCAUUCCCCCUUCUAGAAAGUUCUCUCUAGAACGAUAUAAAGAGCAGGAGAGUUUGUCACAGUUACACUUUCCACAGGAGGACACAACCGAGAGGAGAAACCCAGCAAAUCCUGCGCAAGGUAAGGACUAGAAGAUAACCAUCUUUGCUUUCAGGGAGGAAUGCAUAGUGAGAAUGUGGUGCUUUGUUAUUUAUGGUUUAAAGAUACAGUGCAUAAUUUUCCCCAUUUUAACCCAUUUUAACCCAUACUCUCUAAAUCUCAUCUCCCUCUCUGGCUGUUUGACCUGCACACAGAAUAUUAUAGUUUAUCUUUUGUAAAGAAGUAAAUUAAUCUUUGGCAUAGCUUAAAUGUUUCACAACUUAUCCCAGCAUGAUGUUACUAAAGCUGUUUGUGUCUUGCAUGCACUUUGUUGCAGUCUAUCUAAAUGAAUUAGGUGCAAUAAAAUGAAGGAAAGUACUGUGUAUGCACCCAAUCUGUCUUUUUUUUUUUUAACUAAAAUCCAUCACUAUUUGAUGAAGAGAGGUUCAAAUCUGUCCUCGAGAAAUACUGUAGGUGCUGCUGGUUUGUGGCACAGCUGACUGGAUGAAAAUGAUUAUCUGGGUCAAAUAGAGACAAUGGAAAACAUGUAUGUGUCUGAUUGAGGGGAAGUGAUGACUAACUUGUAUAAUAACAUAACUUUAACUUAAAUGUUUUAGUAUAAAAGGCUGGAAACUAGGAUAUUAAAUGAAUAAAAAACACAGAAUGUCUCCACCAGAGCCUGUAUCCUGUUUUACUGUCUGCUCUAUAUAGAUUACUACAUACACCUCUUGUCUUUCAGAAUGAAAAUGGCAGACAUGAAAACAUCUCAAGGCUGUGACAGCUGCUUUUCGAGACAGACAGGAUGCGGAUGACUAACGUUGUAGCUCUUUGUCUGCUGGCCCUCGUGGCCUCAGCAGAGGACAAAAAGCUGAGCAGCCAUGCCACCACGCUGGCUGAUAACAGCGCAAAUCUGGCCUUCAGCCUCUACCACAACAUGGCGAAAGAGAAAGACACUGAAAACAUCCUCAUCUCUCCUGUGGUGGUGGCUUCCUCUCUGGGCAUGGUGGCUCUUGGUGGCAAGGCCUCCACUGCCUCGCAGGUCAAAACCGUCCUCAGUGCUGAAAAACUGAGGGAUGAGCAUCUGCAUGCAGGCCUGUCGGAGCUGCUCUCCGAGCUGAGCAACGCCAAGACACGCAACACUACUUGGAAGAUCAACAACCGUCUCUACGGCCCCAGCUCAGUCUCCUUUGCUGAUGAUUUUGUGAAAAACAGCAAGAAGCACUACAAUUACGACCAUUCAAAAAUAAACUUCAGAGACAAGAGGAGUGCAGUCAACUCCAUCAACGAGUGGGCAUCCAAGUCCACAGAUGGCAAGCUGCCUGAGGUCACCAAGGAUGUGCAGAACCCAGAUGGAGCCAUGAUUGUCAACGCUAUGUUUUUCAAGCCUCACUGGGAUGAGAAAUUCAGUGCUGAAAUGGUGGACAUGCGUACUUUCCUGGUAAGCCGUUCAUUCACCAUUGGAAUUUCCAUGAUGCAUCGUACAGGUCUGUAUGACUUCUACGAGGACAAAGAAAACAAAUUAUUUGUGCUGGACAUGCCUCUGGGCCAGAAGCAGGCCUCUAUGAUCCUUAUCAUGCCCUACCACCUGGAGCCCCUGGAACGCCUGGAGAAACUUCUGACCAGGAAGCAGGUGGACACCUGGAUCAGCAAGCUGGAGAAAAAGGCAGUGGCCAUUGCCCUCCCCAAAAUCGAAUUGGAAGCCAGCCACAACCUGCAGAAACAUCUGGCUGAGCUCGGCCUGACCGAGGCCGUUGACAAAGCCAAGGCUGACUUGUCCAACAUCUCUGGAAAGAAGGACCUCUACCUGUCCAAUGUCUUCCACGCGUCAGCCUUGGAGCUGGACACGGCUGGAAACCCGUGCGACACCAGCAUCUAUGGCACCGACAAGCUGAGGAACCCCACACUUUUCUACGCAGAUCACCCCUUCAUUUUCUUAGUGAAGGACAACAAGACCAACUCCAUCCUGUACAUCGGCAGAGUUGUUAGACCCAAAGGAGACAAGAUGCGUGAUGAGCUAUAAUGUUAAUGUUGUGAAUUGUGGUGGAUGGCUCUGACUGUUACCUCAAGAGCACAUUCCAAUAGGAAAACUGUGGACUGAGUACCUAAGCUUACUAUUACCAUAUAAUUACACUAUACAUUCCCAGGGAACAUUCUAUAAACGUGUUGGGUCUCACCCUUUAGCCAUUUUGCAAUUAAUCAUUUUCUUCUUUGAGAUAAACAAACGGCAGACAACAUGCUUAUAUUAAGUACGUUUGCUUUACACAUUGUUUUUCGAAGAUCUGUGUGCAUUUUCUUGCAUCAUCUUUAAUGUUUAAAGUAAAAAAGAUCUUUGCACGUUUGUUUUACAGCUCUGUCUCACUUCUUUCCUCCAUGCUCUCUGUGUUUUUAAAUUUUGCCUCCAGUCUGCACUGAAUUGUUCCCCUGCUUGAGCUGAAUAUGCAGAGGAAAGGUGGAGGAAGUGUGGUGCCUAAUUCAUUUGCCAACCAUACUGUGCCAUUUUGUUGCUGCAGGUAGUUUCCACAAAGAAGCUGUUGGAAUUGUGUGAUUAUGUAAUGAUGUGUUGAUUUUUCAAUAAAAAUAACAAAGAGGA